AUGAGAGCUGCUUCCAUUGCGUUCAAUUGCGCUAGAAGCGCCUUAACUUCGAGCAAUCGAGUGAUGUUUGUUAGAGCUCAACAGAAUCUCAUUUUCAAACAUCAAAACUACUCUGUCAUGGCUGAGGCUCAAUUCAAACAACACGAAAUCGUAUCCGACGUUAUCAGUGUUGGUCCAGCGAAAACUGUGAAAGUUGAGUAUGACAGUGGUGUUGAGGUCUCUCUUGGAAACGUUCUAACACCAACUCAAGUGAAAAAUGUUCCAAAGCUUUCAUGGGAAGCUGAAAGUGAUGCUCUCUACACCGUUAUCAUGACUGACCCAGAUGCUCCUUCUAGAAAAGAGCCUACUUAUCGUGAGUGGCAUCAUUGGCUUGUUGUUAAUGUUCCUGGAAAUGACAUCAGCAAAGGAGAUACCAUUUCUGAAUACAUCGGAUCAGGUCCCCCACAAGGAACUGGUCUCCACCGUUACGUUUUCUUGGUUUAUAAGCAACAGGGCAAGAUCCAAGACAAUGAACAUGGAAAACUGACUAAUACUUCUGGAGAUAAUCGUGGAUGCUGGAAGGCCGCUAAGUUCGUUGAGAAGCAUGGUCUCGGAACUCCUGUAGCUGGAAACUUCUAUCAAUCUGAGUGGGACGAUUAUGUUCCAAUCCUCUACAAGCAACUUGGAGCUUAA